UAUAAAGAGAGAGAGAGUCAGAGACUCCAUUUAAUACGAAUCAAUGCUACAAGAUGGGGUGCAGUCUCGCACUCAGCCUUAUGUUUCUGCUGGGAGGUUUAAACCGCAGAAUCCUUGCAGUGUCUACAGGGAACGUGGCACUCCGUGGCCUUGCCGUGCAGUCCAGCUCUUUGGCCAGCGAGGGCGAAGCAUAUCGCUCUAUAGAUGGGGACACCAACCCGGAUUACAUGAAGGGAUCGUGCAGUAAAACCAGCUACGAGUACCAGCCGUGGUGGACGGUGGAUCUGAGACGGAGCUAUGGGAUCUCUAACGUGACAAUCACCAAUCAGGCCCAAGCUGUAUCCACCCGGCUGCAGCCAUGGGCAGAGAUACACGUUGGAGACAGUAUGGAUGGUUACGGAGUGAAUAACGCAAGAUGUGUCUCCAUCACCACAAUGGCCGCAGGAGAGACACGGUCAUUUGCAUGUGGUGGGAUGAUUGGCCGCUAUGUCACCGUGGUUAUACCAAACAGGAAAGAUGUCCUUACCAUGUGUGAGGUGCAAGUAACAGCCAUCGUCAUCCCAGAACGCCAGUUUGGUAUCGUGAUUCAAAGCGUGUCUGACUCCGGAGAAACCAUUUUACAGCAGCCAGAAGAUAGAGAGAGCAUUAUACAGCAGGUGUUAUACAGAAUCCAGUCUAACGUUUCAACAUUAAAAUGGGGGAGAGACCAUAUGUUGGAGAGCGCUAACCACACCUGUAUCCCGCUCAGUACCAUCAGCCAAUAAUCUCCGAUAUCACUGAAGUGUUUAUAAAUAACAUCAAACCAUACAUCUCCUGUAAAUGGCAACUACAAUAAACUCAAAGAAAUGUUUGAAAUGAAAAG